AUGGCUGCCAUCAAGAUCAAGCUCGCCGUGGACAGGUCGCGGAAUCGCGUGGUCUUCGCUGACGCUGGCUCCGACUUUGUCGACGUUCUCCUCUCCUUCCUCACGCUGCCGCUCUCCGCCCUCCAGUCCGGCGCACCAGGCGUGCCAUCGCCGGGGUGCCUCUCCAACCUCUGCGGCAGCGUGGACCGCCUCAGGGACAGUGGUCUGCUAAAGGUCGAGGCCUGCCAUGGCAUGCUUCUCACGCCUGCUCACAACGAUGUGUUCCAGGACUGUAAGUCAGCUAGCAAGUACUGCAACAAAGCUCCUACCGGGUCUUGCAAGUGUUGCCUAGUUAUGGCCAGAGUUUUUCAUGUCUACAACUAUGAGCAAGUGGCCAGAAAAGAGACCUUUGUACGUGGCACAGGACGGUUUGUGAUCAGUGAUGACAUGACAAUCAAGCCAGCAUCUACAGGAGUCAUACAGUCGCUGCCUCAAGCGUUCGGUUCUAAUGGAAUCGCCCAUGGCUUUGAGGAGCUGGAAGUGACCGUCAGCUGGCUCACUGUUUCAUCCAUGCUGAAGGCCUUCCUUUCAUCAGAUACCGUGCUCAGUGAUGCAUUCCUAACAAAUGAACCUGAUGGCAAGGCUGCUCAUGCUACCGCGAAACCGAGCAUCGAUCGGAAAAUUCCACCGUCCGAUCAAGAUUCCGCAGGUUCUUUCCCAGAAAGCAAGAUCAAGAUUUUCUAUGACACAUAUAAAAAGAAGGUCAUGUAUGCUGAAUGCAACCGUGAGUUCGUGGACCUGCUCAUGGGUUUCUUGACUUACCCUGCGAGCUGCGUGAUCAAGCACACAGGAGCUGUCACUUGCCAUCUUGGCAGGUGCUUCACAAAUCUCUAUAGCAGCGUUGUCGAUCUCGCCAAUGCUGGGUGCUUCACAGGUGGCCUCCCUGGUGUGAUGUUACUGGAUCCAAGCGUUAUGCCGUUUGACAUUUUGAGCAACAUCUUGUCCGACCGGUGCCGGCCGCUUGACUGUCGGUGUCGGAAGGACACGAUGCCAGAGCUAGCACGCUACUGCUUCCACCCUGAGAUUGUCGAGGACCGAAAGUACGUCGUAGGCGAUGAUCUGCUUAUACAUCAGGCAACUGCCAUGUCUGUGAUGAAGUAUUGGUCUGGGAGGAACAAGGCUAUGGUACUGGAGACUGACAUUACCGUAGGGAAGCAGGAGGCUGUUGCGUUGCUGCGAGCCGCGCUAAUAACUUCGAAGAAUGCACUGACCGAAGUGUUCAUAGAUAGGCUGGAGGCACAGUCGUCCACCAUGCCGAAGAUGCCCCGCUACGGAUUUUCCAGUGUUUCAGAUAGACGACUUGCUGUUGGGCCGGCCCAGGAUACUGGGUAUGGAGAGAUCUCCUCCGUUAAUGUGUUCAGGGGGAAUUAUACCGAAGCGGAAGUGAUCUUUGCCAGGGUCCCUGGGGGGCGGAUCAUAACCGUGGAGGUUGCGAGGUCCGACACCAUUGCGACUGUCAAGGGUAGGAUCAAGGAUAGGGUGUCUAUUCCUGAGGGGUUUCGUCAUGAAUUGGUCUACGGUAGCAGAUAUCUUAAAGACUCGCGCACCUUUGCCGAUUACAAUCUUGGUAGAGAAUGUACCAUCACAAACGAAUUUUUCAACAAGUGA